AUGGCUGAGAAGAAGAAGAAACACUUAUUACAUGAGCUUCUUGAAGAUGACCAAGAGCCUUUUCAUCUCAACCAUUACAUCUCCGACCUUCGUUCUCAGAUGGGUUACUCCGAUUUGCGUCUCAAGAAACGAAAGUCCGACACUUUCUCCGUCUCCGGCAACAAAGUUCCUCCUGGUUUCUUCUCCUGCGAGAGGUCUUGUUUCUUCGCGACCACUCAUUAUAAAUCUCCCGACCCGAGAAAUUCUCCUCUCUUUGAGCUACGGUCUCCGGCGAAGAAGAAGACACGUGACGGUCGAGUUUUCCUCCAGAUUCCGGCGAGAACCGCCGCAAUUCUCUUGGAAGCAGCGGCGAGGAUUCAGAAACAGCAGUCGGAGAAGGCCAACAACAAAGCUCGGACCAGAGGAAACGGGUUUGGGAUGUUUGGUUCAGUCUUGAAGCGGCUUACGAACCGUAAACAAAAACCGCGUUUGGAUAACGCUGACGGAAACGCGGUUUCGUCGGAACGCGGGUCAGAACCGACGAGUAGUAGUAGUCGCCGGAAAGAGAGUUUCGUUGAGAUAGAAGGCGAUAAGUGCUUUGGUGAGAGCCCUUUUCAUUUCGUUCUCCAAACAACUCCUUCUUCCUCCGGUCACCGGACUCCUCAUUUCACAUCGACGGCCACUUCUCCGGCGCGACGCAGUACGGAGCACUAA